AUGAACACAUAUGAAGAGUUUGGUGAGGACGAGCUCAACGACUACAUCAUCCAGCUGAGCAUACAGGACGCCUGUCAGGAUGCCUUCAUCAAAUCUCAGGCCAGUUUAGAGGCGGCGACAGAUGAAAAUCUGAGAGUGCUGGCUGCGAUAGAGCAAGGUAAGGUGUCGGUGCUGCGCCAGAUGCUGCGACACUCGUUCGCCUUCAGGGAGCUGGACAGCCGCGGGUGGCUCCCCCUGCACCGGGCAGCGUCUCAGCCCAUCCUGGAGGUCCUGGAGACGGUGCUGCAUCUGGCAGCACAGGGGCUCAGCCUGGAGGAGAGGACCACGCUGGGGGGCGAGACGCCGCUGACCCUGGCAGCUAAAGCCGGCCUGGUGGAGAAUGUGAAGAGCUUGUUAACACACGGAGCCUCGCCUCAUAACGCCAACAGCAAGAACGAGUCGCCGCUGCUGCUGGCGGUGAGGGCCAACUCGUACGAGAUGACGUGCACGCUGAUCGCCCACGGCGCCUGGGUGGAGCAGGUCUGCCGCAAGAAAUGGACGGCCAUGCACGAGGCGGCCAAGGUGGGCAACGUGAACAUCCUGAUGCUGCUGCUGAGGAACGGCGGCCGGGUCAACCAGAAGGACCUGAUGGGGGUGACGCCGCUUGCCGUGGCAGCAGAGCAGGGACAUUUCCACAUCAUCGAGAUCCUGCUGAACUGCGGCAGCAGAGUCAACUCCCAGGCCUUCAACGGCGAGAGCGUCCUGCUGGACGCCGCCGGCUCAGGGAGCGUGGCGAGCGUCCAGCUGCUGCUGGACAACGGAGCCGACCCCAACCUGCCCAGCAUCACGGGACACCUGCCCAUCCACAAGGCAGCGUACGCCGGCCACUACGACACCGUGAAGCUGCUGAUCCCUCUGACCUCGAGGAGGGCCAUCAAAGAGGCGGGUCAGAGCCCCGUGCACUCUGCAGCCGAGGGCGGCCACAGCGACUGCCUGCAGCUCCUGCUGGCCAGCAGCUUCGACGUCAACUACCGCAUGAGCACCCGCAACGCCGAGAACUACCGCGACAUGAGGAGGAGUGCCUUGUACUUCGCCGUGUCCAACGGAGACGCCUCCUGCACCAAAAUCCUGCUGGACGCCGGCGCCAAAACAGACCUGGACCCGCUACACUGCCUCCUGGUGGCGGUCCGAUCCGGCAGGUACGAGAUUGUGAAGCUGCUGCUGGCCGCUAAGGCGGACGUGAACUGUUACUUCACGGUGGUGAGCGACACGGUGUUUCCCACGGCGCUGCAGUACUGCCUGAAGGACGAGGUGAUGAUGCGGCUGCUGCUCAACAGCGGCUACGAGGCCGAGAGAUGCUUCCACUGUAACCAUGACAACCCGUUUGAUGAUGCAGACGAUCAAGAGGGGAAAAUACCAUUCUGUGAGUUCAUGAGUCUGUGCUGCCUCAUGCACCUGUCGGGAGGCGUGGUCCAGAUCCUGCUGGAUUACGUCAACCACGUCCAGGUGUGCUCCAAGCUGCGGCUCAUCCUGCAGAGGCAGAGCGAGUGGCCCGACAUCUGCCACCUCCUCAGCAGCCCUCGCUCGCUCACACACCUGUGCAGGCUGCAGAUCAGACGGCGGCUGACGCUGAAGAGGCUCAACAACCCCGACAUCAUGAACUCGCGGCUCUUCCCUCCCAGACUGAGGAGCUUCAUCCUGUUCGAGGAGCUCAACCUGUACGAGCGCCGCGACCCGCUCGCCCUGUAG